GGAAGGACAGAAUGGCUAUAAAGAGUCUUUGCUACCUGGGGGAGGACGACGAGAUUUUAUUUUUCCACUCAACGGAGAAGAGCGACGAGCUAAGUUCUCGCUUCUCCGUUUUUGCUUCUUUGGACAACUUGAAGAAACUCAGUAGGGGAGAAAAAAGGAGGGAGUUCGUUCAGGCGGAGUUACUCCCGUCUGCCCGAGUGAGCAGUGGGCAGCGACCAGCUGUGGCUACUCCCUUCAAACCGCAUGCUACUUUAACCGCAUGCAACCUCAACCACGCGCACGUUUACUUGCCACCCCGCGCAGCCGAGUCGAGCGAGAAGAAGGCCGACCCGUACGUCGGAUACAUAGGAGUCAACCUCUCCCUCUUCAGCGCAUACAAAAAUUAUGCAUACGUCGUCAAGGCAAUCAACCUCAAAAUAAUUCUCACAAUUGAUGACGGAAAAAAUAAAUACACGGAUGAUAUUCUGAAAUCGGUUUUUAUAAAACUACACAAAAUCUACGUGGACGCAGUUUGCAAUCCCUUCUACACAGACCUCUUGGAGAGUGACUCCUUUGAAAAAAAAAUUAGUAAUUCAUUCGUUUUAAGAAAAAAGAAAGAAAAGGAGAGAAAGGAAAGGAAAGGAAAGAAAAAGUGGAGUCCCCGUUUGUGGAUGAUUCACCCUGCGACGAUGU